GAUGGCUUUCCAAUUAGAAUAAAAGCUGUUAAUGUCAUAAAUGAACCUCGCAUAUUCAAAGGCAUUUUUGCUAUUCUCAAACCAUUUCUAAAGGAAAAAAUAGUAAAAAGGUUUUUUCUUCAUGGGUCAGACUUGCAAUCUCUUCAUCACAACCUUCCACCGCGAAUUCUCCCUGAAGAAUAUGGUGGCACGGCAGGAAAGCUUGAUAUCUCUUCCUGGAAUGAGCUACUGCUGGCAUCAGAGGAUGACUUCAAGUAUGAUGACUCACAUCUGCCCUUCUCCAGUGACUGUUCACCACAUGAUCCCUUAAUGAGUGAAGAGAUCGAUGAGAACCAGCAUGAUGACUCUUUGCGAAGCUUCAAAACACAGCUCUAUUCCUGCUACUAGUCUAGCAGAUAAAGCUUCCAAAAUGUCACCUUGCUGUUUACAAAGGGAAUAUUAAUUCUCUCAUGCUUCUACAACAUAUGUGUGUGGAUGGAUAUUACUUUACUUUGGAACCAAAGCAAAUCUAAGUAGAAGAAAGUUGUAAGAAAGAGAGAUUCUGUGGCACACUGGCAAAUGGAAAUAUUUUGAGCAAGCAGGAGGUUAUUGUAAUUGACCCAAAGCAACUCAGAUACCACAAAUGAACCCAGCUAAAGAAAAGCUACUUGAUAACAAGGUCCUAAGCACAAUUACUUGGAAGGAAGUUGCGAUAAAAUGUAUGGGACUUGCUUCCAAAUAAACAGGUUUAGGUGCAAAGCACUAGAUUCUUUCUCAGGCUGAAGGCAAAAAUGACGUGCAAAUUAAUAAGUGCAGUAAUAUAAUGCUAACUCUGCAGAGGAAGAAAGAAAUGUGGUCUAUAUGAUACAAGGAUAGUUGACUAGAAGUUUUUAUCUGCCAUAAACUAAGAGAUAGCCAGUUCUUAUUCUGUUGCCAUCUAUAAAGUUCAGCAUUAUUUACAAAAAAUACAGCUUUAUAUACCACAGGGAGUGUUAAACUUUGAAAUUGAUUCUUGCAGAAAACAAUUAGCUAUUGAUGUUCUGUUGAAAGCACAUGCUCAUUUUUUUUCUUUUAUAAAGAAAGCAUCAAAUAAUCCAUGAGCCAAUUUUAUUCCCAUACUUGAAUUUGCAUAAGACGGGACCAACUGAGAAGGCACAUAAUUUUGCAUACCACUAUAGCACUGUUGGUUGGUACCUAUCUCAUGAAAAGAGGUUGGGGGAAAACACAGACUGAUAGUUGUAAAGGUUUACCUGAUAGGAAAAGCGGUGACUUGUUUAGAUAGCUUUAUUUUUGGAACAGAGAAGUUUUGAAAUGUUCUCUGCAAACCAGACAUAGGACAUUUUACAAGCACAAUACUCCAUUUGUAAAUGGUAGUUUCUCCUCAGUCACUAUGUUAUUUUGUCAGUGGGACCUCAGUGCUGUUUUGAUCUUGGCCUCAUUCCCUAAGGCCAGCAGUCUCACCUCUAGGAUAAAAUAUACUGUAUAGGAAAGGGCUUAACUUCAGAGCCUCACUUGGAUUUAAUGAUGUAACUUUAGAUCUUCUCUACCAGCGGGUCAUCUUUCAGAUGUCUCUCAAUUACACACUUAACUAAAGUUGCAGAUCCUUUGGGCCCAUUCUUCACAUGCAAGACUGGAACUGUAGCAGGCGGGAACUUUGUACUCACUGCUGCUCAUAAGGUAGCAGCUCAUAGCACUUUUAAAAUUGUUGGAACUAAAAUGGAGGCUCUUGCCUAGUGCCAAGUAAGACCAGAAAGUUGGUGCUUACUGUAAAUAUUACGUUCUCUGUAGAUUGAUCAUGUUAUUGCCAGUGCCAAAAUGUAUAUCAGUUUUUUUCUAAAUUAGUGACUUGCUUUCUCUUAUUGCCAAAAAGUGAAGUUUAGUCAUGUGACUGUGCUUCAAUUGGGAGUUCUAAAUAUACAAACCCAGUGUGGUAUUAUAGCUAUCUAAACAGACAUGAAACUGGUUUCUACGCUGCUCUUGACACAUUGGUGGGUUUUUUCCCUACAGUCACAUAGAGAAAAAAGUUUAAAGAUAUAGAAGGCGGUACAAUAUAUACUUUUCUGCUUAUGUGUUCUUGUAGGGAAGUGCUGGUGAAAUUUAGAAAUGAGAAGUAUAUGUUAAAAUGCAUGUUCUUUUCCUUAUUGGAAGUAAUUUUUAUGCAGAAAAAUCAAAAUUGCCAGGCUUUUGGCAGCUGAAAUUGAAUUUAUAAAGGAACUAGUCUGAAUCACAAAAUGUUUUAUAAAUCAGUGUCAGGAAAGAUUUUUCUUUAGCAAAGCGUGGAAGCUUAUAAUUUCUAGGACACUAUUCUAAAGUAUACUUUACCCAAUCUAUUUUUUCUCCGUUAAAUAAGAAGAGUUUCAAAUGACAAUGAAUAAUGAUGAUAUCAAAAGUUUAAAAUGCCAUGGUUCUUUUUUCCUAGUGUUUAAUUUUUUGUAACAAUCUAAAGAGCUCUUGCUUAAAUAACUGAGCACCCUGUACUAAACAUUUUAUUGGUAUACAUCUCUUUCCCCAGGUAUAUUGGAAUAGUAGAUUCUGUAAAAUUUGUGGCUAUUAUUUACCUCUAAAAUGCAUAGUCUAAAUUGCCCUCCAUGUUUAUCUUGUUUAUCUGUAGAAUUAGUUUUAGAAGCAGUACUGGCAGAGCUAAGACAUUGAUGUUGUGCCUAUAGUUAAGCAUAUAUGGUUUAAAAGUAAAGAAAUUAGUUAAUAUGCAUAUUGUCUGGCAUCUUGGUCAUAGGAAUCUUUUUGUUAAUAUUAGUUUUUCUAUAAACAAAAUCCAAGCAGAUGUGGUAAAAGAAUAUUAAGCCUUAAGUAAAAGACAUUGACAAUUCAUUACAAAUGUCAAAUUGUCUUUGUUAAUCUGUAUCCGAAGUAGAAAAAUGGUAAUAAUUUUUCCAGAGGGUAAUUGAGGUGCUUUGUUUUCUAUGGCUAAGUUUGCAAUUUUGUUCAUGGAUCUGUUUUAUUCUCUCUCUGUACAGAAUUAGAGUAUAUACAUUUAUUUUUAUACUGCACUUUAUAAAAUGAACAGUCUGUCUGCAUGAGUGGAUAUUAAAUCUUAUUAAUAUUAAAAUAUUAAUAUAUA